AGUAAAGCUAAGCUCUCUCUUAUUAAUAUACAGCAAAAAAAUCAUCAACCAUCAUCCAUAUCAAAAUACCUCACGCAUGUUUUAUAUUUACAGAUGUUUUACAAGGCAGAAGUUCAAUUGCCAUUGCUCAAAAAUUUAAGUUCCUGUUCCUGUAUUCUGUUGUUUGGGUUCAAUGCACUCCAACUCAAAACUUCUCUUAUUUCACUCAUCAGAGGUGAAAACCGAUUGGUAUGUGGUGACUUGAACUCGCAUCACGAUCUUUGACAUUUAAACCUGCUAACUUCUGGCAACCACUAAACCUGCCCAAAAACCACAUACAUCGGGAGUACCUCGGGAGUAUGUUAAUGGCUAAUUAUGUAGGGUGGCUACCGCGGUGAGCUGAAUGACAACACUUAGUGCGACACCUGUCUAAGCAGGGCUCUGUAAGGGUGCUAAAACAACAUCCCCAUUGUGGACAUGAAACACGAAGUGAUAAAAAAUGUAGUUUUUAUUAACGUUCACCUUAGGAAAGCAAUGGCGAACACCCGAGGCCAUUUCAUAAAAACCAUCUAGCGUUCGGAGGUCUCACCAUUUAUUUUGACAACAUCAAUGCAUAUAGUACAAAUUGGACGCCUAUAUUUAGUAUUUGCAUAAUACAUUCAUGACGCUCAAUUUAUGGCCUCAUACUGACAAAUAUUUGUCUUGAAUAUGAUUGAUUCGGUCCCCGUAGGCGAAUGGGUUAGUGCGUAACUACCAUACGGCCCAAAGCUCUAAACUUUGUACAAAAUUCAUUAAAAAAUUAACAAAUCAUUAAAAAACCAUUUCAACUUCGGCUCCAAACUGUCAUUCUCUGAGGAUGCAUUGGCUUCUCGACGAUCAAUUGCGGAUUUUCUGAUCCCCAGAUGUGUCAGUUUUGAUUGAUAACAUAGGCGCCGACAUAAAAAUAUGAUUUUGUCUUUUUUUCAUUCAUCGAACUGUUUGGGCUACGCAACUUUGACUUCGGAAAUAAGUUUGCAAUAAUUUCCCACGUUGUUCAAGCAUAAAGCGUAACAUUUCGUCCAUAGUAUUUCGGCAAUUCAUUCCGGUGCAUCCUUAUAGCCCCCAGUUUUCGGCUACAAAUUUUUUUAAACGAUAAAAUGCAUUCCAAACCGUCAUUUAAGGUAUUUUUCAACAUUUGAAUACUUUUUUGGUACGAAAUAUUUUAUCACGGAUUGCAGCCACUAUACCCCCAUUCCAUACAUAUUUACCACUAUCAACGUUUGGCUUCUGUAAAUAAAGAAAUAGGUAUAUGUGUAAAUUGGUUUUUCUUAAAAGAAAAAAUUCUGAUACUUUUCGACUUAGGCCUCUAUUUCCUGUGUCUACAGAUUUCUUCAUAUAAGUUUAACCGAAUAUAUUGGAUUGGGGAAUAAGUUCGUAGCGUUUUGCCGAAGACUUUUGUUGAAACAAAAAACAAUAAUUAUAUCAAUAAGUUAACCAAUUAUAUAAUCGCCGUUGCUGUUUACAACUUCUUCCCACCUCUCCUCCAAUUUGUUGAUGCCGUUCCGCUAAAAAUCACCUGGUCUGGUAUCAAAGAAUUUGUUGAGCCUGCUUUUAAGGAUCUCUUUGUUAUCGAAUGAAUUCAUAUGGUUUGACAGGGAGCGGAAAUGAUGGUAAUCGGUCAGUGCAAGAUCCGGAGAAUACGGCGGAUGCUGAAGGGCCUCCCAUUCGUUCUCUUGGAGUGCGGCAUUCACGAUUCGUGCAACGUGGGGCCUGGUGUUGUCGCGAAGGAGUAUGGUUUGACAAUGUCGAUCAGGUGUUUUCAGUCCAAUAGUCUGAUUCCUGUCAUUCUUUUCGAGCAUUUCUAAGUGCACCAUUCCCUCCCAGUCCCACCAAACACAUAUCUCCCGUGACUGUUCGGUACAAAAAAGGGCGUUUAUGACCGCGUGUUGCUCGAUGGCGGGCGAGAUGCUAAGAAGCAAUUUGUUUUUUUUUCGUUCCCAUUGAAUAAAGGUGAUUGAAAAUCGUUUUAUGACCGCAGUUUAUUUUUUCCGCUAAUUCACGACUGGUUUGACGACCGUUUUCCUUCAAAAGUGAUUUGAGACGUUCUUCGUCGAAUUCUAAAGGCCUUCUGCUGCGGGACGUGUCAUCGACGUCAAAGUCGCCAUUUUUGACUUUGCAAACCAUUUCCGUGCUGAUGAAAAACAAAGAAGAGCAGAUGUCGAAAAUGUUGAUUUUUGCCUCCUGGGUAUUCCAUUUCUAAGCUUCAAAACUAAUAAAUAAUUAAAUAACUCAAAAAUACAAUUAACAUAUAUUAGUUUGCCAAACAGCAAACAACACGUGUAAAAUAAAAGAAAAUAAAAAACGCUAUGAACUUAUUCCCCAACCCAAUAUUAGGUAUGAAAUGUGUUAUAGUUUAUGAAAGUAUUGUGGCUUUAUAGAAAAUGUUAUAUUUGUAACUGUUAUAAUAUUGUAAAAAUAUUGGCCCGUAGUCAUAGACCAACCUUAAAACACAAUUUAGUUCAAACAAAAUUCUGUAAAAUUUUGCAAAUCAUAGAUACAAAGCAUUCGAGCAAAUUACAGGCUUCAUUUGAAUUAUGAGGAAACCUUGGAUUACUAGAUCAAAUACGGCCAUCCGAAGAAAAAUUGUAAGAGUAACUUGGGCUGUCACGUCAUAGAGGAUCUGACGGAGAGCGACGCGAAUGAAAUGAAAACAUGCUUAUCGUUGUAAAACAGUAUAAUUGUGCCUUUGCAAAACUUGGCAGACUCUUUCGAUUCGAUGAGUCACCUCAAACGAUGUCCGCUUUCCAGGCUUUUUUUGCGCUCUUUAAACUUUACGCACGAGUGGAUCUUACGAUCACUUUUUGACUGAUUGGACGACUAACGCGUGUGUAUGUAGAUAUUUGGUGCGCAACUAAGUUCUCGCUGUUUUUUUUGAUGAAAAUACAACUUUAUUCUGAAAAAAUGGUUACAAGUGAAUCAUUGAAAGUAUUGCUCAUCGCUGGCUACUAGUUUCUCUCAUCUUUCUGGUAGAUCUCGUAUACCGUCUCGGUAAAACUGUUCAUCUUUAGAGGCUAUCCACGGGUCAAGCCAUUUUUUGAUGUCUUCAUAUGAAUGGUACUGCUGGUCAGCUAGACCAUAUGCCAUCGAUCAGGACAGGUGAUAAUCGGACGGCGCAAUAUCUGGAGAAUAUGGCGGAUGGGGUUUCAGUGUUUCCAGGUAGCUUUUAACGGGCUUGGCAACGUGAGGCCGAGCGUUGUCAUGCUGUAGAAUUAGCUUUUCAUGCCUCUCCGCGUAUUGCGGCCGCUUCUCGCGUAGUGCUCGGCUCAAUCGCAUCAAUUGGAGUCGAUACCGAUCCCCAGUGAUGGUUUCGCUUGGUUUUAACAGUUCAUAAUAAAUAACACCAACUUGGUCCCACCAAAUACAUAGCAUAAUCUUCGCAGCGUGAAUAUUUGGCCGAGGCGACGUCGUAGAAGCAUGACCGGGCAUUCCCCAUGACUUUCUUUUCUUUAGAUUGCUAUAAUGAACCCAUUUUUCAUCACCCGUCACGAUACGAUGAAGAAACCCCUUCCUUUUUUGCCGCUGGAGCAGUUGUUCACAGGCGAAAAAACGACGUUCAACAUCCAUUGGUUUCAACUCAUAAGGAACCCAAGUUCUCUGUUUCUGAAUGAUUCCCAAAGCAUACAAUCGCUUGGAAAUGGAUUGGCGGGUAACACCUAAUACUGAAGCAAACUCUUCCUGCGUUUGACACGGAUCCUCAUGGAUCCAUGGGAACCCAAGUUCCCUGUUUCUGAAUGAUUCCCAAAGCAUACAAUCACAUGGAAAUGGAUUGGCGGGUAACACCUAAUACUGAAGCAAGCUCUUCCUGCGUUUGACACGGAUCCUCAUUGAGCAAUGUGCCUCCAAUUCAGCGUCUUCGAAGGUGUUUGGCCUUCCUUCACGCGGACGGUCGUCAACAUUAAAAUCACCGUCUUUGAAGCGAUGGAACCAAUCUCGGCAUCUCCAUAAACUUUUUGUAGCUCUCGAUGCGCUUUAGCCACCGUUUUUUUCGAAUGAAAGAGAAAAAUAAACACUUUCCGCAAAUGACGAUUAUUUGGCUCAAAAUCAGACAUUUUCACAAAACCAAAAGUAUAUGAUACCAAAACAAAAUGACUAAUGUGUCGAAACAGUUUGUUUAUGACGUUUAGGUUAUGUUAGAAUCGACUAGCACACACUGCUGGCGGCAUCUAUUGACAAACAGCCGGAACUUAGUUGCGCACCAUAGUAAAUCAGUGAGAUAACGGUAUAUCAAAUCACCUUAGCAAACAAUGCCGCAAAUAGAUAUGUAAAAACACUUGCUUGACAGCUGACAAUUUAAUUGUUUGGCAUUGCUGGAUUGAAAAAGUUGACCGCUACGAAGUACUGGUAAAACUAUACAAGUUAAUGAGAUAAAAUUCAAUAAGAGGCGAUGAUUUUAGCUAAAAACUUGCAAAUAACUUCAAUAUUUUAGUAUGCCAAAACAAAACUGUAUAUAACAUUUUAUUAUAACACCUCGGCCAGCAAUGUUUUUGCGGAAAGUUAAAACUCAGUUUUUGUGAUGAAAUGCAUUUUAAGUUGAUAUAAAAAAUUUUAAUCGUUAAAACUUGUAUUUAACUUCUCUAUGACUACGGGCUAAUAACUUCAUGCUCACCGCACUGCAGUUGCCCUCUUCCAAUCCAAGUGAGGUGGCGCAAAACAAUGGAUUGAUUGACUCGUCCUCUUCCGCGAAUUUCGUAGCGUCUUGUGCUACUUUGCAUUUAAAUGGAAAUGCACACGUUCCGGAAGAUAGCAGACAAGAAUUUAGAGACCCGUUUGAUAGCAAACAUCUUAAAUUUGCGGAAGUUUCUGAAAGACAAAGCCCAUUCACAAGUGCUUCCGAAACACUUGAUAAAGAUUGUAUUUACCAAGAGUACCCGGAGCAAAUCGAAAAUUCAAAACUGAUAUCACUUACUAAAGAACAUGUAGUUCCGAAAUCUGAGCAGAAUAAAUGCGAAAUGGAACAAAACCAAAGGUUGAAAAUGGACGAUAUACAGGACCAGCCAAAUGAAGAAUCCCAGCUAUUUUGUCCACGACAGCCACUGGAAUUUAGAGACGACGCUGACAUUCAUCUUAAAAAAGUUAAUUAUCAGCAACACCCAUUUGCUCCAUGUGCAUUGAAUCGUUUCAGAAGGCGAGGAGAAAGAAUGUCCAAGAAUCAAAAAGAAAUGUAUGUUAAAUAUUUUGAAGAAAACCCGUGUAUGCUAUCUCAGCGACGAAACGAUUCGGUGUUGGAAGCCCAUUGGAGUAAGUUGGCGGCUAUUUUAAACAAUGUGCCGCAAGGAGCAGUUAAAAACGUGGAGGAAUGGAAGCAAACCUUUGAUGCUUGGCGAUACCGAGUGUUUAUGUACUAUCGGUACAAUUACAAGCUUGCUGGAUCAGUCACCCACAAUGUAAAAAAUUUCAAGCCUCUUACUUCAACGGAUCAACGUGCGUAUUCCAUGUGGACGAGCUAUAAGAAUACGCCAUCUCCGCAAUCAGAUAAAGCUGAUACGUUCUGUAAAUCGGCAACUAUUCAGGCGAGGUAUAACUAUUGAAGACAUAAGCAGUCGUAGUGGUUGCCAGCGUUUAUUUUUAUUUUAUUCACAAAGCCGUAAUCGUAAUGCCUAUAAUGUACCAUUAAAAAAAUAAAAAUGUAUAUAAAAAUAAAUAUAAAGGUUUUAAUAAAAAAUCGAAUCGUUAUAAAGAUUAAUUUCGUAUUCUCAUUGCAAUACUCGGAAAU